ACUUAAGUGAGGGUCUUUUGGGUAUUUUAGAGGAGGGUUAUGUAUUGAUUUUAAAUAAGAUUUCACCACAAUUUUCCACCAACACCAAAACCCAAAUCAAACCCAAAAGCUCUCACCUCUCUCUACUUUCCUCUCCAUUCAUCCUCCAUUGAAGAAGUUUUGUAGGUUGAAGAAGAAUAUCAAAUCCUCCAAGAUUCUACUCAAUUUCGUGGUACUUCAUCUUUAAGGAAAAUGAUGAGUUUGUUAUAAUUAGUGGAGAAUGGGGAAUGUGAUGGGUACAUUAUUAUCAGGUUUUGGUGAUAUCGUUGGCAAAUUGUUUGGUCAUCCACUUGAUUUUUUGUCUGGAAAAACUUGUAGUACAGCAUGUGCCCCAACAUGGGAUUUUCUUUGUUAUAUAGAAAAUUUUUGUAUCCCUCAACUCUUGAAAUCAGCAAUGGUGUCAAUCCUCUUAUACUUUGUUUUCUUGUUCCUCUACUUGCUUUACAAGUUGGGAAUUUGUCAGUGUAUUUGUCACAUACUUUGUAGAACUACAUGGGCAUGUUUCUCCACUUGCUUUUCAGCCUUAGAUUGUUGUUGCACUUGCAUUUGUUUCAACAUUCAGAAACUUCUUCUUACACCUAGGCAUAAUAGAAGAAGAAGAAGACAUCAAAAAGAUAUUGAAGAAGCACUUGUUGAUAUUUCUAGUAACUCUAGUGAAUCACAAGGCUCUAUUAAAUUUGAUGACACAAAAAGAGGAAAAUCAUUGAGGGAACAUAGAAAAGAUCAUAUGAGAAAGUCUUUGAGGCCAAAGAGUCAUCAUAUGCAAGUCCAAAUUGUUAAUGAUUCAAUCCAUCACCACAAGAAGAAGAAGUUCAAAAAUGGUCCUAUCGAUGAUCAUAUUCGAGUGAGUAGAAGAACAAAAUUUGCGCAAAAGGGUAUGUUCGUUAAGGGUUCAACACGUUCACGAAGGAGAGUAUAAAAGACGGGGGUUCUUAGACUCUUCAAAAAUCUCACAGGGUGUUUGUUUUAUCUCACAAUAUAUAUAGUUUUGGAGAGUGAACAAUAUAGGUUUUCAAUUCUAUGGUCUUCUAAAUCUUGUAAAUUCUGAAGUUUUCGCCUAAUAUAUUGUAUAACUUGUAUACUCUGAUAGUG